ACAGUUAUACCAAACAGGUAGCUAUCCAUGCAUGAACACUCCAAGGGGGUGAAACAGAGAGGUGAAGGAUGGCUUCUCAUUUGUUUCAAUAAUCACUGUACUUGAAACUCUUGUAUCACAGGAUUUCUAGUGUUUACAAUACUCUGUUAUAACUCUACAUGUGCAUUCUGAAGGAUUUUAAAGCAGUGAGACAACCUGGCCCUGGAGGAAACAUUCUUGCAGUGUUUGACCUAGUUAUCACAAGACAUGACUCUUGUGUGUUGGUGGUAUCACAGAUAAAUUUACUUUGUAUAAGAAAUAAAAGUCUAUCAAACAUGGUGAAGACAUAGUCAACGAUUCGCUUUCUGCAGCCUUUGUGCCCAUUUUUCCGUGAAUCACAGGAAACUUCUACCUGCUACCCGCUUUCCUAAGAUCAGUAGGUUCAAGCUGAUAACGUCUUGAAUGUUCACACCAGAUUUGAGGAAUACCGAGGAAAAGUAAACCCGCAGCACCGGUCGUAGUUGACUGGAAUAAAGGAUUUAACCGAGCGAGAACCCACGGACGGACCGACCCCCGGCUACCACCGCUAGCACUGGCUGGACUUCUGAAAGCAACCAGCAUGGGUCGCAAGAAGAUUCAGAUUUCAAGAAUCAAUGAUGAGAGGAAUAGACAGGUAACGUUCACAAAACGCAAGUUUGGUCUCAUGAAGAAGGCCUAUGAACUGAGUGUCCUGUGCGACUGUGAGAUAGCCCUCAUUAUCUUCAACAGUGGGAACAAGCUCUUCCAGUAUGCCAGCACAGACAUGGAUAAGGUGCUACUCAAGUACACAGAGUACAGUGAGCCUCAUGAAAGCAGGACCAACUCAGACAUCAUUGAGAUUCUGAAUAAGAAAGAGAACAAGGGAUGCGAGAGUCCGGACCCUGACUCUGAGUCCUACAUCCUAACGCCACGCACUGAAGCCAAAUACCAGAAGAUCAAUGAGGAAUUUGACAGAAUGAUGAAUGGUGGAAGUGGGCAACCCAUGAGCAGGUCACAGAUCCCUCCAGAGUACCCAGCUUCCAUGCCCGUGUCCGUCCCACAGACCUCCACUAUACCAUACAACGGAGGCCACCAUCACCAUCACCAUCAUCCACAUGGUCAACCCAGUCCCAACAGCAACCACAGCCAACAGCAGCAACAACAACAACAACAGCAACAGACACAUGUAACCAGCUCCAGUCUCAUGCAACCGCCCAUUGCCCGUAACAGCCUCAGCCCGCAGCCUCACAUGCUGAGUAGGACGAGUCUCAGUCCGGGUCCUGGUCCUAUGCGCAACAGUCUUAGUCCUCAGCCACAGAUCUCACGAAGUACACUCAGUCCACAACCGCCCAGACCAGCCAGUACAGAGCCGCAUGUGACAACUGUGACUGUGCCCAGGGACAGGGGCAAAUCCCCUGGAGGCUUGGGGCCUCAGGAAGAUGCAGGAAAUACAUACUUUCAUGUGCCGACCUCGAACAUGAACCCGGUGUCGCCCAGUGGAGGAGGGGGCAACAACAACCACCUCCCUCUGAAGGCCAUGGUCAAGCAGCCUGCCCCAAGGCCAAACCUCAAGGUCGUCAUACCAAGCUCAAGAGGGAACAUACCUAAUCAUGCUGCAGCAGCCCAGUUAGCGAAUCAGCCGUUAGCGACGCCAGCGGUGUCCCUGGCCACGCCUAGCAACCCACAGGGUCUUGCCAACUAUCCGUCGUCGUUACCUACGGCAUAUCAAACGGGUGGGGAAUUUCCCCUUACCAGUGCAGACCUAAGCCAGCUGACCAACUACAACUCCCCGCUGCUGUCGGGCUGGAGUCAUCUUCAGCAAGGCCCUCUAACGGCUGCUAUCCAAGCUGCUGGUAUAGGCAGUCAUAACCUGCCACCCUCUACAUCGAUGACGCAACACCAACAUGAGCGUGUGAUGGAGAUGGAGCAGUCGAUGAAUCCUAACAUCAAGUGUGAGCCGGUCUCACCACCCAAAGAGAGAAAGAUGAUGCAUCCACAGGGUCACCCGCAGCAGCAGCAGCAUCCUGGUAGCUCCCCUUCCCACUAUCCAAACCCUGAGGAUAUCCGCAAAGACCUUCCGCCCAGCAAAAGACCUCGCAUCAGCGAAGCCUGGGUAUCGUAAGGUCGGCCCGUCCAGGUUUUCAGCACAACCUCAUCGGACGCAGGGGAACAAAAGAGGGAGAGAGAGAGAGAGGGGGAAAGGGACAACCCCAUUUCCGAGCCGAGUCGCUGAAACUUGCUGAAAUCAAAAGGGACUUGUCCAUCAUAUUUGUUAACCUAGUGUGAAGAUAUGAUAUGAGAUUUAAAGAAAGAUGGACGACUUCUUCUGCACCAUUUUCCACCGCACCAAGUAUGCUAGCUCGGCAUUUGUACACCACACACACGCAUGAUUGUUGUCACAUUUUAGUUUCUUUUGUGUGAAACCUUACAGAUGUUGGAUGUGCCAACAUCUGGCUCUACAUUCAGAUCAAAGAUAUAGACAGAAAACCUAACUGAAUGUUCUUCAUACACGUUUGCACACACCUGUUACAUCAAACUCUCAGCACUGCUAGAGGAAACUUUGCCUGCUUUUACAAAGGAUGCUAUGAUAAGGAUAUGGAGAAAAUUAAGGACAAUACCCUUUAAAAGUUGCCACCAUUUUUUGUAAAAUGAACUUUUAAAAAAAAUACAUUAUAAACAAUUGUAAUCUAAACAAAAUGAAAUUUGAAUUUUAUCUGCACCAGAGGCAUUAAUGACCCCAGAAGAUUCUUGACAUUUUUAUUAUUUCAUCCAUACAUUUCACAUAUUUUAUCAAUAUUUAAUUUUAUUGUCAGCUUUUGUUUGUCAGCAAUGAAUUUAAAAGCGAAUCUUGUAGACUAUAAGCCCCUGCAAGGUUCAUAUAUUAUUUCAGAGUCUUCCCAAGUAUUAUUGAUGGGUUGAACUUUCAAAACAUGUUUUACUUUAGGUGUUAUUUUAAUGAGGCAAGUGGCCAUGAACACUCUUUAAUCCUGUGAGAUUAUAGUGCACACAUCCCAUAUAAGGCUUGCAUAUAUGAAUAACGUAGAAUUCUUUUGCGCUCAUAUUCAUACUCAUUUUAAAGCAUCCUUUCUUCUUGUGUCACGUAGAAGAAUAUGAACGAUCUUUGAGUAGAUAUUGAUAGAAUGAGAGGGAUGAAAAGUCUUGCCUGCAGAAAUAAGAAGCAGGCGAUAAAGAAAUCCAACUUAGAAAGUAAGAAGACAGCUCCACACCAAGGAGAGGAAGAAGAAAUUACCUGUAGAUAUGUGUUAUGGAAUACUGCACCCCCUCCCCCUCCCCCUCUCCCUUCCUCCGCAUGCACUGACCUUAUGAAGGGUCAAUAUUAUUUCACUUGUUCACCCUGAUAUGCUUGGGAAGAACGAGGGAAUUUUUUAAUUUUGCGUGGUUGAGGUUUCAAAGUACAGCACUCUUUUUUAAUGUCCAAUCACACAUCUCUGUGCAUAUUUAAAACGAAAAUUGAUUUUCUUUUACAUAAUAUGGUUCUGGCGGUGGAAAAUGAGUCAGAAGUAGUCAGUCAGAGGAGAAAAUUAUGGAAUAUGGGGUAAAUGCUUUAUAUUAUAUAUUUUGAUAUUGAAAAUAUAUAUUGUAUCUUGUGAUGUGCUUGUCCUUAUGUAGAAAAAAUUGCACUCUGUAUGUCAUUGGAGCAUUUGCUUCGACAAUUUGAUAUCGUGUUUUGUAUGAAAGCGUGUGAAACUUGGGUAACGAGCAUCAACGCAAGACCAUUCAGCGGCCUUGUUGGAGAGAAAGCCAUUCUUCAGAAAAGAUAUUCAUAGUGGAGAUAUUUUUGGAAGAUUACUGGGGCGGAAUUUACAAUAUAUAGUGCAGUUUUAUCUACACAUUAUUGUGUGUGUGCGUGUGUGUUUUGUGUAAUCUCAGUGAUUUGAUCUAUUGUAGAAUAGCUGGAGAUUGUUAAAUAAAAAAAGCAUCUGCACGAAUCCAUCUACUGUUGAGCAGUGAGUAUGUGUUCGUCUUGUACAAAGCAACGAAAAAAGAAAAAAAAAGAAAAAUGAUAAGUUACUAUGUAUAAGAAAUGAAAGGACUACAUUACAAUGUUGAGCUGCUUAUGUUGCAAGAUUUUUAUAAAAUCUCCUUUUUUCUCUUCAUGUGUUUUGCUCCCUCAGUUAAGUGGUAUAAUUGAUUUUGUUACAUUAUAAAAAUGUACAUAAACCGCCAUUAUUGUCGACUUCUGUCUUCACUUCAAUUUCAUUGAAAUAUUGUAGAUUUGCUCAUUGUUGAUUUAUAUUGAUUUUAUUCACAGCUCAAAUGAUGUGAUAUUAUUAGAAGCAGCUGGAUUACUAUAGUAUUAUUCACUGAAAAUCACCCAUAUUAAAUGCACAUACAAGUUGUGCUGGUGUUAAGACCAGCUGUUAAAGCAAGAUAAGAUGGAGGAGUUUGCUUACUUUUGAUUUGCAAAAGAGGACUGAAAUACGCCGCUGUGUAUACAUAAAUUAUCUUGUUUACGUACAAUAUUCAUAGAGUGAAUUUAUUAAUUGAUGAAAUUUGUUGUACAAAUGCGUUUUGAAAACAAGUGGUAUCGGAUAACUACCUUUUUGUAGAGUAAUGAAAUUACCAAAGUGAAUUUUAUGUAAAGAGAGAAGAAGAAUUGUGAUGAAUACAAUGGCACAGCUUUGUUAAUAGCAGAUCAGAACUAUAUUUAGUAAUAGUAAUAGAGGGGUUUUAUCGCUUGUAACAUAUCUUUUCAAAAAAUCGAUUUCGAGACUUCUAUAUUUUCCUCAACUGUUUUUUUUUUUCAUCUUUUUUUGAAAAGCAGUCUCUAUAAGUGAAUGAGAUCUAUUUAUGUACAUAUAUCGUGACAAAUGAACUGAGAAAUGAUUAACAAAAGAGAUAGAAUAUCCUUUUUGAAAGAUUUUAUAAGAAGAUUGAAAGUCUUAUGUACAGUAUGUACAGAAAUUUCAUCUUUACAACUGUGUUUGGAAAAAUAGAUUGCUUAUCAAUAUUAUCUAUGGUGUACAUGUCAGAUAUGAGUUGAAUACAUACAUGUACAUGUUGUAACUCUAUGGCACUGUGUCUGCUUUUUGGUUGGUUAUUACUAUUAUCUUGUAGAUAACUUGUUUCAUUUUUGUGCUUUAGCAUUCUUUACCAUGACUUUGUCAGUGUGUUUUAUUUUUGUUGUUAUUGUAUUCCUAUCCAUUUUUUUACAGUGUGAUUCUUAUUCCGUUAUAGAGUUUAUUUGUAUUCUUAUUCAGGUACAAUACCAAGAUCUGUCUUGUUUUUGUUUUUGCUCACUUCCCCAACGACAGCCUAGAUUGAAUUGAAUCACCCCCUUUUGAUUUCUUCCUCUUUGUUUUGUUUUUUGUUUUUACUCUCUUUUUUACUCUCUUAAAUGUAAUCGUGUUGCUACCUCAAUUGUUGAAACAAACGGAUUUUCAUUCUCUUUUUAACAUGUUGAGGGAAAAAAAUGGUCAAAUUUCAUAUUCUAUGUUCUGAGGAUUUCCUUGACAAAAUUAAGAAAAACAUUUAUGAAAGAUCGAACAUAUCAAUUAAAUACAGAUGUAUGAACAACACUUUGUAAUUGUAAGAAUAGCAGUGAAUACAGACAUACUAAAUGUUUUUGGCUUGCACUCGUUGGAGUAAACUGCAAGUAUGAACAGAAACAGAAAACCAAAUAGUUCACUUAUUGGUAGACAAAUUGUUUAGUUCUUGAUAUUGGUCCUUUCAUAUCUUCAUAAUAAAUCCUCCAGGAUAGCUAUCUAACCCAUGCCUAUGUAUCAUAACUGAUCUCAAUGAAACAUCCCAAUGACGUACGUUGAUACAAUCAUCUUAUUCUGUUAAGAGGUAUAAUUCAUGUACUUUUUAAAGUUCUUUUCCUCAAAAAUCUGUUAUGCAAAAUUCUACUUGUUUCACCAUUAAUUUGGAUAUUGCAUUAAUCAUCUUGAUGUUUUCAUUUCCUUUAUCCAAAGAUGUAUAUUUUUUAAAGGUAGACAUGAAUAUUGAAAUAGUGACCCAGGAUUGGUGAUUUGUGGCGGAUCAGGAGAACACACUCCCUUUGGUGGAAACAUAUCCCACUAUUAAAAUAAUGAACCUACAAAGAGUUAGAGAAUCAAGUCAUCCCAGUUUAUUAAUUACCUCCUGUAAUUUUUCUUACAGGUAUAUAUAGGUAGAAAGGGAUAAAACAAAAUCUCCACAUUGAUACAAAAAAAAUACAUUCUUUCUUAUAACACAGAAAGUGAAACUCAGUUAGUGCAUGAUGGCUCUUAUUCCUACUUAAAACUCUCUCUUUGAAAGGAUAUAGAAAUUGAAUUUACAGGAGGUACUACUGUUGAGAAAAAAACUCUGUCUUUUUAUUUUGCCAUUGUUGUCCAAACGUCAAGUAUAAACACGUCUGUGCCUUACAUGUUGUAGCUGUGUCACUGUGUUUGAUGUGGAGCAUGUAGUUUGUGACAUCUUGUAGGUAUUCAUUUUCAGAGCAAUUGCAGGAAUCCUUUGAAAGCCUUUGAAGCUAGGCAGUGGGUGUCAGUCACACACUUAAUCACCUCUACAGGGUAAUUUAGAGGUUGCCUGAAGAAGCCAUAUAUGCUCAGACGUUAACAAAUAAAGUUUCAUAAUUUCCUUGGCAGCACCAGAGCCAUCUUUACACAUAGUUAUGCCUGUUCAGUUUCAGGUCGACACAACAUUGCGCAUGUUUUUUCGAUUUGUGCUUGCUCAAUACUGAAAUCAACAUGUGCCAUGAUGUUAACCGACUGGAACCAAGUUGGCCCAAGUCUGUGCAUAGAUGGCUUUGGGCAUUACAAACUGCUCUAACACUCACAAAAGAUGCAAUGGCCUAUGUUUGAUAGGUUGAUGUAUAGCGUUGUAUGUUUUCCUGAGGGAGACGAAGUAAGCAACAACCAGAGAAGGCAUAUUCUGUAGUUUUGUUAAAAUUAGUCCUUGCAUAGUGUCCUUGUGUUACCAAGUGGUCGGUAAGAAUGUGUGUCGUUGCGUCCUUUAAGGGAUAACUAUGUCGUGAAUUUCUGUCAAAACUCACCUAUUGCACGUUAAAUAUCACACUUUUCUCUCUCUCUCUCUCUCUUUCUUUCUCUUUUUUUUUUCUCUCUCUCUCUCUCUCUCUCUCUCCACUUCUCUAUCUCUUGUUCACUAUCCUGAGUUACACAUUGGGAAGAACUGCAAAGUUUCGUUGUCCUGUAAAGCAAACCCACUAGAUUGUUAAUUUGAUUUUUGUAAAUCUCUUCCAUGAUGUUUUUUUGGUAGGGAUAGGGUUAUAUCCAUAUUGCUUACUAGAGUUUCGUACAAAGGACCAAUACAAUCUUGAUAUAUGAUACGUCUCAUGUUCUAACCCUUGUUUAAUAUAGUUGUAACUCAGUGUAGUUCCCAGAUGUUGUUUAAUCGUAGCUGAAACAAGUUGAUAUUAACGUUCAGGUUUUGCUGAAAGGAAAAAAGGACAUAAGCAGAAAUCUGACAUGAUUUUUAUAUCAUUUUGAUACAAAUGUUUUAACACCAAGUGGUUGUUUAAUCUUAUAUGAUUCCUUUUUACUCAUCAAGUUCAUAGUGAACUAAUUUUUCUAUCAUGUUUUCACGUUUUAUUAAUGAAAUAAAAGUUGUAGAACAUCUCUGGACAGUUGAUCAGUAUAUAAAAAGCUUAGCUCACACAAAAAGAUCAUGACAGAAGACAUGAUGAUGAUGUCUUCAAGCUAAAGUGAACAUUAAUUAAAUCCAUGAAUCAUGUGUUUAAGAUAAUGGUUACAUAUCAACUUCAAGAUGCAAAGCUUUGUACAUUUUUUGCAGUUGGUCUAACUGUAUCUAGAUGUCUGUCUGUGUUUUUGAUAAAUAAAUGCAAGAAAUGUAUGAAAAUGUGGAAAUAUACAUGUGCAUGUGGAUUUUCAUUGCACCAUAAAAGAAGAAUUAUGUGCUGACCUGGCUGUUUGUCAAUUUAUUGGAAGUCGCUCUUCUUUUAUAUCCAGUAUAAGUAGACUUGUUUAAAUAUUUGUCGAAGCGUUACUGCAUAGAUGUUUUCGUAGGGUAACUAGCGAUCCAGUAUUACAGCCAGUGUGUAGUACUAAUUGGAUGGAAAAAAUAUAUAUUUUUGUUGACUAUACAAAUGAAAUUUUAAAGAGAUGAUGCAGGAUGACCAUGCUAUUCUGUAUCGUUGGUAACCUCACAGAUUUUAAAGAAAAGAUAUGAAAAAAUAUUUGAGUGCAGAUAGUUUUAUGUAUGUUUCACAGCCUUUGUAUAUGUACAUUAUAAUUAAUCAGUUGUGGAAUUAAUUACUAUUAAAAAAGAUGAUUUAUCUUGAAUCUCA